AUGGUCAUGGAGCUAAUGGAAGUUGACAAAGAGCAAGCGAAAGAAUGUCUCCGCUUGUGGAAAGAGAUGUCGGAUGUUUUUGUCCAAAUCAGAGAUAUGGAGUUUAUCGCUUUGGAUAAAUAUCUCCAGUUCCGUGUCGUGGAUGCAGGGUGCCCUUGGACCAUGAGCCUUCUGUGCUUUUCCAUGGAUUUCAAACUGACCACGGAUGAAGAAGAAAAGACUGCAUCUAUUACUUCAGCUGCUUACGACAGCUGGGUCCUAGUGAAUGACUACUUUUCGUGGGAGAAAGAAUGGAGCAACUACCAGGCCAAUGGUAGCACCGGCGUAAUAGCCAACUCUAUUUUCCUCUUCAUGAGAUGGUAUUCCAUGGAAAAGGAGGAUGCCAAAAAGAGGCUUCGGAAGGAGAUUCUGGCUCGUGAGGAUAAGUAUUGCAGUUUGAAAGAAGACUUCCUGGCAAGUGGCGCCGCCACGGAGAAGACACGUCAGUGGCUAGAAUUACUCGAUCUCGUAACGGCGGGCAACUUCGCCUGGAGCAUGACGACUGCUCGUUACCGGGAUGGCGCUGAGGAUGCAUAUCCAUCUCUAUGGCUUAGGUGUUCCGACACCUCGGAUUCUGACGACAAUGAGAGUCUCGCUCGUCCUAUUUCACUCAACGCUGCCGAUAUGGCAGAUAAGGUUGAUGUCGUUCUCAAAGAUCGCCGAUACCUGGAUUUGAAGGAAGAGUACUUCACUAUGGUCGAUGGCAAAACUGGUAGUCUCUUCAUUCUCCUAGGCGAGUUGAUGCGCAUCGAAGCUACCAAACACAAAGAUCUUGACGCUAGCCUCCUGAUGAAACUUGUCGGUCGUUUCUUCCAGGCACGCGACGAUUAUAAGAAUCUGCAUUGUGCAGAGUAUGCGCAAAAGAAGGGGUUUGCGGAAGAUCUCGGCGAAGGCAAGAUUUCUCUUCCGCUCAUCCACGCACUUCGCUCUAAAUCACCGCGACAAGGCCGGCUAUUGAGCAUCCUGCAGCAACGAAAGACUUGCAACGGUCUGAGUCUAGAGGUACGAAAACUUGCUCUGGACGAAAUCAAAGCUACUGGUGGGCUAGAGUAUGCGAAGAAGACUGCCAUAGAACUCCAGGACUCUGUCUCUGAGACUCUUUCCAUGUACGAGAACAAAGUGGGAGAGAAAAAUUGGCUCUUGCGAUUGGCACAGAAACAAUUAGAAAUUGAAGCCUAA